UUUUAGCCGCUGAGGUCUGGAGCGUCUCCGCAGUUUAACUCCGAGAGGUCUCUGAGGUUUCUUGUUGUCUCUGGGUUAGAUCUUCUCCAGACUUCAGCCUGCCUCCCCCCCCCCCAACCCCACCCCCCCCAGCAGCUCUGCUUGGAUUUACUGAUGUCUACCAAGCUUUAGGCUCCUGAGAGAAUAAAGUUUGAGACCUACUAUGAUGAUGCCAGCUAAUCAGACCUCUCCCCAGAAAUCCCUGAUCCUGGUUCCAGAGGAACAUGACAGUUCAUAUGAGGGAUCGGUGUCCUUCAGGGAUGUGGCUGUAGAUUUCAGUAGAGAGGAGUGGCAGCAUCUAGACGUUGCUCAAAGAAACUUGUACCGGGAUGUGAUGCUGGAGACCUACAGUCACCUGCUUUCAGUAGGGUAUGACGUUCCCCAGCCAGAAGUUUUUAUGUUGGAGCAAGGAAAGGAGCCAUGGGUAUUGAAGGGUGAGAGCCCACAUCAGAGCUGUUCAGAAGAAUUGUGGCAGAUUGGUGACCAGACAGAAAGCUAUCAGCAAAGAGAAAAUAAAUCUUUAAGAGAUGUUGCUUUCAUCAAGAAAAUACUGACUACAAAGAAAGAUUAUGAAUAUAAGGACAUUAGAAAAAUAAUUCAUGUGAGCCAAAACAUUCUUUCCCCCAAAAGAACCCAUCAAGGUGAUUCCUUUGGAAAUGCUUUGAAGCAUAAUUUAGAUUUACACAGUCAUUAUAGAAACAGUGCAUCAAAGAACAUGAAUAAGAUUACUGAAUAUGGUAAAAUCUCUUCCUCUCCUGACCCUGAGUGUUCUCCAACAGGAGAGAAGUUAUGGGACCAUAAUCAAUGUGGAAAAAUCCUCAGCUAUAAACAAGCACCCUCUCAACAUCAGAAAAUUCAUACUGGGGAAAAAUCUUAUGAAUGUGCUGAAUUUGGAAAGAUCUUCACCCAGAGGUCACAGCUCAGGGUACAUCUGAAAGUUCAUACAGGAGAAAAACUCUAUGUGUGCAUCGACUGUGGGAAGGCUUUUGUAAAGAAGCCAGAAUUCAUUACACAUCAGAGAACCCAUACUAGAGAGAAGCCCUAUAAGUGCAGUGAAUGUGGAAAAGCUUUUUUCCAAGUAUCUUCUCUCUUAAGGCAUCAGAGAAUUCAUACUGGAGAAAAACUUUAUGAAUGUAGUGAAUGUGGAAAAGGCUUCUCUUAUAACUCCGAUCUCAGUAUACACCAGAAAAUUCAUACUGGAGAGAGACACCAUGAAUGUAGUGAUUGUGGCAAAGCAUUUACACAAAAGUCCACACUCAAGAUGCAUCAGAAGAUUCACACAGGUGAGAGAUCCUAUAUAUGUAUUGAAUGUGGACAGGCCUUCAUCCAGAAGACACACUUGAUUGCACACCGUAGAAUUCAUACUGGAGAAAAACCAUAUGAAUGCAAUAACUGUGGGAAGUCCUUCAUUUCAAAGUCACAGCUACAGGUACAUCAAAGAAUUCACACAAGAAUGAAACCCUUUAUAUAUGCUGAAUAUGGGAAGAUCUUCAACAAUAGUUCCAACCUCAUUACACAUAAGAAGGUUCAAAUUAGAGAGAAAUCUUCCAUAUGUACUGAAUGUGGUAAGGCUUUUACGUACAGGUCAGAACUGAUUAUACAUCAGAGAAUUCACACUGGUGAAAAACCUUAUGAAUGCAGUGAUUGUGGAAAAGCCUUUACUCAGAAGUCAGCACUCACAGUGCAUCAGAGAAUUCAUACGGGAGAAAAAUCUUACAUAUGCAUGAAAUGUGGACUAGCCUUUAUCCAGAAGGCUCACUUGAUUGCACAUCAAAUAAUUCAUACUGGAGAGAAACCUUAUAAAUGUGGCCACUGUGGGAAAUCCUUUACCUCCAAGUCACAACUCCAUGUACAUAAACGAAUUCACACAGGAGAGAAGCCUUAUAUGUGCGCUAAAUGUGGAAAGGCAUUCACCAACAGGUCAAAUCUCAUUACACAUCAGAAAACUCAUACAGGGGAGAAAUCCUAUAUAUGUCCUAAAUGUGGAAAGGCCUUUACACAAAGAUCAGACUUGAUUACACACCAGAGAAUUCAUACUGGAGAGAAACCUUAUGAAUGUGGUACCUGUGGAAAAGCCUUUACCCAAAAAUCACACCUCAAUAUACACCAGAAAAUUCAUACUGGAGAAAGACAGUAUGAAUGCCAUGAAUGUGGGAAAGCCUUCAACCAGAAAUCAAUACUCAUUGUGCAUCAGAAAAUUCAUACAGGGGAGAAACCUUAUGUAUGUGGUGAGUGUGGUAGAGCUUUCAUCCGCAAGUCAAACUUCAUUACACAUCAGAGAAUUCAUACUGGAGAGAAACCUUAUGAAUGCAGUGAUUGUGGGAAAUCCUUCACCUCCAAAUCUCAGCUCCUGGUGCAUCAACCAAUCCACACCGGAGAAAAACCGUAUGUGUGUGCUGUGUGUGGGAAAGCCUUUAGUGGCAGGUCAAAUCUCAGUAAGCAUCAGAAAACCCAUACUGGAGAAAAGCCCUACAUCUGUUCUGAAUGUGGGAAGACCUUCAGACAGAAGUCAGAGUUGAUAAUACAUCAUAGAAUCCACACUGGAGAGAAACCUUAUGAAUGCAGUGACUGUGGCAAAUCUUUCACUAAGAAGUCACAACUCCAAGUGCAUCAGCGAAUUCACACAGGAGAAAAGCCUUAUGUAUGCGCUGAGUGUGGGAAGGCUUUCACAGACAGGUCAAAUUUGAAUAAGCAUCAGACAACACACACUGGAGACAAACCCUAUAAGUGUAUAGUCUGUGGGAAAGGCUUCGUCCAGAAAUCUGUGCUCAGUGUCCAUCAGAGUAUUCACACUUGAGAAGAACAGUGUGAGAAAACCUCAGAUCAGGUUUGAUUGUAUAUCGUUGAAUUUGUUAGCAGAAAAAUAUGCAUAUUAUCCUAAGUAGAAAUACCCCAUCAAAGUGUCAAACAUCACCGUACAGAAGAGGACCCUGAAUGAAGGGGGCCCUUCCCAUAUUAUCACCACCUUCAUUAAACCUUGAGGCAUUCAUACUGGGAAAAUUGGUAGAUUAGAAGAAGGCUUCUCAUGAAAAAUAUUAUGGAACAUUAUUACCAGCUUCUGCAUAGAGAGGUUAUAUUAAGUCAUGUUCAUGAUAAUCCUGUUUACUGUGGAAUAGGUAGAGUGUCAACAGGUUGAAUGGUAGAACAACAUAAUAUAUAUGAUAGUGACAGAUCCUAAAUUCUGUGAGAUGUUUGCUGCAGAACACAUUGUCUAACAGUUUUGGGUGUUUUCUUAUUCUUCUGUUGAAUCUAACAUGGUUGUGUGUGUCCAGUUCCCCAUUGAGUAUUUCCAUCAAGAAAGAGAUAACUCAGUAGAAAAUUUCUUUAUGUAUACAGACACAAACCUCAGAAUGUCUGUUGACCCAUUACCCUCUAGCAUCAUGACUUGUAACCUCUGCCCCUUAUCAUCUACCACUAAAGUGUAUUUGACCCUCA